UAGAACGAUUAGUCGGACGAUAGUACACGGCAUAUCGAAACUUGUGAUUGGGAACUUGUUGUUUAUAACAUUAAAGCAUCGAAACGUAAUAAAGAUGUGAUUCGAGGAAUCGCGCGAGGCGGUUCGACAGCCGCGAAAUUGAAAAUGGACAGAGUUAGAAACAAACGAACGACGUGCAGGCUGGACGAGAGGAAAGAAAGGAAGAACGGCUGAUCAGUAGCUGCGGAUGGAAGUAGUUGCAGACAUUAUUUUAGUGUCGGUGUGAACGGAGCAUGUGCGGAGUUUGAAACACGUGUACAUGCACGGUGUACACAUCGCCGGAUAGUGGCUGGUGUGGCUAAUUUGUAAAUUGGCUGACGAGUAGUUGCCGCUGGUCGAGCCGAGCUUCUGAAGCUUCUGCAUCAGCUUUCCAGGCCGCGUUGGCCAGAGAGUGAGUGCUUGCGGUGUGUAUCGGCGAGUCGCGUUCCCAUACCGUGAGAAUAAUUUUAAAGGUGAAAUGUGUCGAUAGUCGAGGGUGAUUUUUGUGUGUACUUUUCGGCACUGAUUCUUCAUAUUCCGUAAGUCCGUGACUGCGACGUGAGAGAGAGAGAGAGGGAGAGAGAGAUGGGGAAGUGCCGACUUCGAGGCGGAAAAGAACGCCGGUAAUAAUGAACUCGACGAUCGAUCAGCUACCGAUUCGACGAAUAAACCGUGGGUGACCAAGCAAAGUGGAAUAGUUACGUGAGAUGGGAAAAAGGAGGAUAACGAUCUUCCAGGAGAGGAUGACCUGUGACGGUGACGCUCGUCGGGUGGUGACAUCGAAGAACGUUUCGGGUAUUUUCAUAGUAACCUACAGUUGCGAAAGUUGGUGGUCAAGGGAGGUUUGAGACCGUGGUUAAAGCUGGAAGAGACGAGACGCGUUCAAAAUGGCGAAUCAGACCGGGAACAUCGAGCUUCUUCAGACUCAGCCUGAGGGCAGCGAAGAGGAAGUCGACAAGGAGUGGGAAGAGUUCACCAGGCUCAUGGCUAAGCUCAAGGGAAAUAGAAAGAACCAUCCUCACAGGCCAUCUCAGGCUUUCUACCCAUGUCCUCCGCCGAAUCCUGAAGAAGAGCAACAGGAAUUCGACGCCUUCGACUACAUUAACACUUUUAUGUAUGGACGCUACACGAAGGACCUGGGUGAAUACGCGAAAGAAGAAGCAAGAAGACUCCGAUCCCACGACAGAGCCAGACGGAAAUUGGACAAGGACCGUACCCACGAGCUGAGAAAGUCAAAGAAGCGAGGACCACUAUGUAGAAAACUAUUAGCUGUGCUUGCGUUCACAUGGAAACACACGGGGGCCCGUUUAGGCGAGGAUUGGGUCUUCCUUGCUCUCCUCGGCGUCAUCAUGGCCAUUCUAAGCCAUGCCAUGGACAAGGGCAUUUCACUUUGCAACAACGCGAGGAUAUGGCUGUACCAAGACCUGACGACGCAGCCGGCGCUGCAGUAUCUAGCAUGGGUGUCGCUUCCGGUGUGCCUGAUCCUGUUCAGCGCAGGUUUCGUGCACAUAGUAGCCCCGCAGAGCAUAGGAUCAGGGAUCCCGGAGAUGAAAACGAUCCUGCGAGGAGUGGCGUUGAAGGAGUACCUGACGUUCCGAACCCUGGUGGCGAAGGUGAUCGGGCUGACAGCGACACUGGGCUCGGGUUUGCCGCUGGGCAAAGAAGGUCCGUUCGUCCACAUAGCGAGCAUAGUGGCAACGCUGCUGUCAAAGCUGGUCACGAGCUUUCAGGGUAUCUACGAAAACGAGAGUCGAAAUUGCGAGAUGUUGGCGGCGGCUUGCGCCGUCGGUGUCGCGGCCUGUUUCGCCGCCCCCAUAGGCGGUGUUCUCUUCAGCAUAGAAGUAACGACGGUUUACUUCGCCGUGAGGAAUUACUGGCGAGGUUUCUUCGCCGCCGUUUGCGGUGCGACCACCUUCAGACUACUCGCCGUUUGGCUGAACAAGGAAGAAACCAUCACCGCCAUGUUUCCGACAAAUUUUACCGCCGAAUUCCCCUUCGAUCCUCAGGAGUUAUUCGUGUUCGCCAUUAUCGGUGUGGGAAGCGGUCUCGGUGGCGCUUUUUACGUAUGGCUUCACAGGCAGUACGUCAUAUUCAUGAGGAAGAACAAGAGCAUGAACAGGUUCCUUCAGAAAAACCGGUUUUUGUAUCCCGGAAUCGUCACCCUCUUGGUAGCAACGAUUUCGUUUCCGUUGGGCCUGGGUCAGUUCAUGGCGGGAGAUUUAACGACCCACGAACAGGUGCUCGGAUUGUUCGUAAACUUCACGUGGUCGAAGCCGGAGUUGACAGUUCUGGAAAUGAACGUCCUUCAGCACUGGUCAUCCGCGUACACAGACGUCUUUGUCGGUCUCUUCAGCUACGUGGCCUUCACCUUCAUAUUCUCCAUAAUAAGUUCAACCGUACCAGUUCCUUCGGGUAUUUUCAUACCAGUUUUCAAAAUCGGAGCAGCGCUUGGCCGAGCCGUAGGAGAAGGGAUGGCUCUUUGGUUCCCGAACGGCGUCAGAUACGGUGGUAUUAAUAGCGCAAUUACACCUGGAGGCUACGCGACCGUCGGAGCAGCGGCCUUUUCCGGCGCGGUAACGCACACGAUAUCAGUAAGCGUAAUAGUGAUCGAAAUGACCGGUCAGAUAACGCACAUAGUGCCAAUAAUGAUUGCGGUACUAAUAAGCAACGCUAUAGCGGCGCUUCUGCAGCCGAGCAUAUACGACAGUAUAAUACUGAUAAAAAAGCUGCCCUACCUACCCGACUUGUUGCCAUCAAGUUCAGGAAUGUACAACGUCUACGUCGAGGACUUCAUGGUCCGUGACGUGAAGUAUAUCUGGCACGGAAUCACCUAUCAGAAGCUCAAAGACAUACUGAAGGAGAACCGAAAGCUGCGGGGGUUUCCACUUGCGGAUAACCCGGGCUCGAUGAUACUCUUGGGCUCCAUCCAACGGUUGGAGCUGAUCAAGCUGAUAGAAAAGCACAUCGGUCGAGAACGGCGGCUUCAAGUUGCUCAGAAGUGGCAAAAGGAGGCGGAAGAACGGGCGAGGGAGGAAAUGGAACGGCAGCUCAGAGAACAGGAGAGAACCCGGAGGCCAUCCAGGUUCGAAGUCAUUCCGGCCCCCGAUAUUCUCAAACUUCAACGCCAGAGUGCCAGCGAUCUCACAACUACUGGAAAUGACGCGCACGCCUUCCACUCACCGAUAUUCGGAUCCCAGCCAAAGAAGUCGAUCCUUAAAAAGACGCACUCGUUCACUCUGAAGGGUUUCAGCCCUUUAGUAAGUCCGGCAGUAACGCCAUACACGACGGUAACUGGAGCUGAAAGCAGAAUCCGAUUGGCCUUCGAGGCAAUUUUCCGGAAAUCAGCAACCCUGCAAGACGUUGACCCCGAUCCAGAAAUGGGCUCGGGAGGAAGUGUAAACGCCAACAGACAAGACAGCACGGAUCUCUUGAACGUGCCUUCUCACCUGCAUACCCAGUUAACACCGAGUCCGAAUACAUCGAAGAAAGUUCAACUGCCACGCGAGAGGGUGAUCGACAUGUCGGCGGAAGACCAAAAACAGUGGGAAGAAAGCGAGAUGGCGCUCGAGGUCGACUUCUCGCGGUGUCACAUUGACCCCGCGCCUUUUCAACUGGUCGAGCGAACCUCGUUGCUCAAGGUUCACAGCCUAUUCAGCAUGGUGGGUGUAAACCAUGCGUACGUAACGGCGAUUGGGCGGCUGGUCGGCGUGGUGGCUUUGAAAGAGCUACGAAAAGCAAUCGAGGACGCGAACUCGGGUAUAAUGCCGGUUCACGGUAUGGAGACGGGGAUCCAUGGCUCGGAUUCAACUUUAGGCGGUGGUGAAUUGUCCUCGGAUUUAAGAACCCAAAUAACAAUAAACUCGGUAACAAAUUCCGUGACGCAGGAUGAUGACAGCGAAACAAGUUCACCGCACAAUCAUCACGAAAAGGUAUGAAGAAUACAAGGUUUAACGAUCCUAAUAUUAUACGCAUAUAUAUAUAUAGUUUAAAACCAAGCAAUUGUGAUAUAGCAUACUGUCCUAUAUGUAAUACCUACGAUAUAAAUCAACCCACGUUUAAAAACGGUGCGAUUACAAUUCAUAUAGACGCACAAUAAUUUAAUACGAUUCAACAAUGCAUAUAAAAUUGUUGGGACUUUAAGAGAAUAAUGAUUGAUGUACAAUGCGAUGUACACAGGUACAAUUAGUAAGACCAACGAGAACGACUAUUAUGAUGAUUAUACAUGAACUGUAAAAAUGAUUACCACUAUGGUUAUCGUUAUUGUCGUUUUUCGUUGUUAAUUAUAAUAUCGGUGCUCAAAUCAUGCUGCAGCUUUACACAGCUUUAUUUAGGUUUACAGAUUGAUUGAUACAUGUAUAUGGUGCCGGCAUAAAAUUGUCCAGUUUGUAUACUGUAUACAGCUAUGCAGGCAUGUCUGUAGUAGUAUAAGUGUGAGAAAUUGUAUGAUUGGUUAUUUUUAUUUUAAAUCAAACAAACCGAUGAACCCCUAUUAUACAUAUGUGCGGGAAAACCAUUACCAGUAUAUCAAUGCCAAAUACAGGUAAAGAAAUUGAAAUAAAAAUGUAAUCUUACAAUCUGUAUAUAAAAUAAGUGUCGAUUUGCUUUCUAUUUUACUUUUUUCGCUUCUUUCAUUUUUUUUUUUUUUUUUUUCUUCACUUCGCCUACAAUCGUUAAAUCCCUUGUUUCUAGUCCAUAACAAAAUAUAAAAUCGCACCACUGUUCACUAAUUAUUUAUAUAUCAUGAUCAUUUAUGUAUCAAUUUGUUCGUCUCCGCCUUUUGAAGUUCGUUUCUUUGCAUGUACAAUUUUUCAUGAAUAUGGUGAGUGAGAAAGUUGAAGUGACGAAAAAAAUACGCACACAAACAAUCGUUGAGAGAGCCAGAAUUUGCUUUUUGAAAUGCAUUUUUUCUUUUUAAAUUCUUUCUUUGUAAAUUGUUCAACUUCCAUUCACUUAUGGUCUGUGUGUUUUAUUCAUUACAUGUUUCUGAUUGUCGUUUUAUUUCUUUUGACUAGAAACAACCGAUUUUGAAGAUAGAUAUAAAACAGCCCACAAAAUAAUAGAAUGAUCAAGAUAUAUAAUAACAUGAAGAAGAUAAACUAUCUCGUCAGAGAUUUUUUUAUGUCAUUCAACGGUAAAUACCUGUCGCACAUACAUCUGAUGAAUAUUUAAAUCCUAACAUAAACACGGUUGUGCCAAAAAUUAUUUGUGUAUAACGUGCGCGUGUACACAAAUAUGAAAUACGUAUUGUGUGUAUAUAGGCACAGGUAAACACAAUAUGAUAUAUAUUAUUUCAAGUGAACGAUCAAAUGAAUUCUAGUUGUCGACGUAAUCGUUAUUGUAUAGAAUUUAUAAUAUUUAUGAAAUAGCGAUUACCGAUAUGCAACAUCGUUAAUAAUGAUAAGAAUUGUAAUAAUAAACCCUAAUAUACGAAUAUUGCCUGUACCCUGCAUACAGUAAUUAAUAGAUGAUAAUAUAAGUAAUGAAAUAAGUAAGUAAGCAAGUAAUAUUAGUUUAUAAGUCAGGGAACAAUAAUUAUAAGAUAAGCUGUAUCCGCUAGAUAUAAUUCUUGAGUAAAAAAAAAAAAAAAACACGAUAUCGAUGUAAUAUAUAUAUAUAUGUGUGUAUAUACAGGGUGAUUUGCUUCUCAUCCCAGACAAAUAUCACGGAAACUAUUAGAGCUAUGAAAAAAAGUUUGAUAUAAAAAGAAAAAAUAGAAAGGAUAGGAGAAAAUGAGAGGAACUUGCAUUAAGGAGUUGAAUGUUUGAGUAUAUGUAUAAUUGAUCUAUUAUUAAAAGAUAUGGAGAGUGCAGUGAGAAGAUGUGGAGCAGGAAAAAGGAAAGUGAGGUGAAUUUAGUUGUUGGCCGAAUGAAAGAUGACUCGAGAGUGAAUAGAUGGGAGGAAGGAUGCAAGGGACUGGCCAGUUGCAGCUUAGGAGUAGAGAGAGAGAGAGAGCGAGGUGAUGAUAAGAAGACGAUACUGGGUAUAAGUUAGCUGUAAGAGUGUGGGAAAAGAAUCUAGAGUCUGGAGGACGUAAAAUUGUCAAAUUUUUUUAAUAAAUUUUUCAAAUUUCCUCAAUUUUCAAAAAGUUAACUACUCGACCGCUUUUCCUCGAAACGAAGCAUCGAACCCCAUGCAUGGUUUAAAAUAACUACGAAUAGUGUUUUUGAUGUGAUAAAGCGUCUCCCAAAGCCCCUUAAAAGUUAAUGCCUUGUCUCAGCAACUGAAUAGCCGCGUGUUUCAAUUUCUGAAAAUUUUGUAAAAGACAAAAAAGUAAAUGUUUUUUUUACGUAUUUGAAUCUAGCUUCAAAUCUGCUGUCGACUGGUCAUAAUCUAAGUAUGGGUUUCCUAACUAAAACUACGAUGUACUCAAAAAAUCUCGAAAGUGGGGCAAUUCACAAGUCAAACAACUGUCUUUCCCCCUCGAAACCCCGCAGGUUCUGUACAAAACUUUAUCUUGUAUCUCUUCCAGUUUUCGAGAUAUUCGCCUGGGGCGAUUAAAGAAAGCCACCCUGUAUACGAAGCUUUAUAUAUAAGAGAGGAAGGAAAAAUUGUUAAUACGAUUAUACAAUAAUGAUGAUGAUGACGAUGAGGAGUAUCAAUUUUCGGAAAUAAAAAAACUGUGUUGAAGAAUAAA